AUGACCCUGAACCUCGACGAGGGGUCCGGCCUCACCAGCGUCACCUACCACGGGCAGAAGGGAGAGCGCAGCGGCAACCGAUCAGCCAUCGAGGUGAUCUCUACGUGGGAAUCGUGGUGCAGCCACUACCGUCAACCUGCCCUCCUUCGCAUGGACCCUGAAGGGUGCCACUGCUCUCAGACAGUCGCGAAGUGGGCAUCCGACCAUGGGAUCGAGAUAUGGAUUGCCUCUGGGGAGGCGCACUGGCUCAUGGGCAAGGUGGAACGUCGCAUACAGCUAUUCAAGCGCCUCAUGACGAAGAUGGCCACCCACGACCCCGAUUGCAGCACGCAGGAGCUGGUCACCUGGGCCGUGAGUGCGAUCAACUCCAUGGACAAGGAGCAGAGGCGACUUCUGGCCCGCCAGAGCUACCUCGAGUGCGAGUACGCAGAACGGCGACGCCAUGCAGAGCAGGCCAGGAACCGCGUCUACCAGACCUGGGAGGCCGGCGACCUCGUGUACUUCUGGCGCGACGGCAAGGGACGGGAGAACCGACCUGGCAAGAAAGGAGGUUGGUACGGACCUGCACGAGUACUUGUCCAAGAAAAACGGCAUAUCGACGGCCGCACUCGGGUGACCUCGGUCGUCUGGAUCGCCCGCGGGAACACGUUGAUCAGGUGCGCACCCGAGCAUCUGCGACCAGCCUCCGAAGCCGAGAAGAUGCUGACCGAACUCAAGAAGCAGGCCUCCCUUGGGAAGACCAUGACAGAGAUCCUGGAGACCGCCAAGGCUGGGACGUUCGAGGACCUGGUGGAGCAGCGCCGCCCGGACCUCACAGCGUACGAGCCCCCGAGGACCACCGAGGCGUUCCAACCAGGUCCAUGGCUCAACCUGAAGCUGAACCAGGCGAACCCUCCGAAGACGCUCAGGACCUGGAGAUGGCACCACCCGCAGCCGCCGGAGAAGCUUCGGAAGGAUAACAACGACAUGGACGAGAGCGAGCUCUGGGUGGACCUUCAGAAGGACGACCUGGACAUUCUCCUGGGGGUAGACGAGCAUCAGACAGUCUACUUCGAGUACAUCAAGAGUGAGUGGGCCGACAGGAGCGCCGACAAGCGCACGAUGGAGGCAAUUCCCAACAGCUUCGUCGCCAACCAGCGCCGGAAGGAAACGGACAACUGGCUUCAGCACCGUGGACUCCGACCAGUACCAGCGUCUGAGGUCAAGGACAUUGCCGACAUCAUCAGGGCGCGGUGGCUCUUCACGAGGAAGGCGGACGGCAGGGCCAAGGCGCGACUCGUGCUCCUCGGCUACCAGACGAAGGACCUCGGGAAGGAGCCUACGGCUAGCCCAACUGCCUCUAGACGGGCUCGCAACGUGAUGCUCACUAUCGCGGCUGCGCACAACUGGAAGUUGAUCAAGGGCGACGUCACCUCGGCAUUCCUGCAGGCGAACGAACUGGAGAAGGACUUGUUCAUCGAACCCGACGCCGUGCUGAAGAAGGCCUUCAAGGUGAAGGAGGGCGAGCUCCUACGCGUCGUCAAGCCCGGGUACGGCAUCGGGGAGGCCCCACGUCACUGGUGGGAGACGGUGAAAGUCGAUUUCAAGAAGCUGGGACUGCAGCCUUGCGAGCUGGAGCCGUGCAUGUGGCAG